CGUCGCGUUUUGAUUGACAUGGCGGAGUCUUCCAGUCCGAGUCGCGCCGCGCCAGCAGACAGGCACAGGAGCCGAGCCUGGGAAUAAAAAACACGCAGCUACGUCUGUUUUUCAAGAUUCUUUCAUUACAGCGAGGUAGGGCAGUUCAGUGAAUUUCUCCAUGAAUGUACGUCACAAUGAUGAUGACAGACCAGAUUCCGCUGGACUUGGCUCCGCCCCCUCUCCUGAACCCGGAGGUCCCGCUGAUUCCUCACAUGGUUAACGGAGAUGCAGCGCAGCAGGUGAUUUUGGUGCAAGUGAACCCCGGGGAGACGUUCACCAUUAGGGCAGAAGACGGCUCGCUGCAAUGCAUUCAAGGUCCUGCAGAGGUUCCCAUGAUGUCUCCCAAUGGCUCCAUCCCCCCCAUCCACGUCCCCCCAGGAUACAUCUCACAGGUUUUGGAGGACACCACGGGGGUCCGACGGGUGGUGGUGACCCCUCAGUCUCCGGAGUGCUACCCCCCAUCCUACUCUCCGGCCCUGUCCCCCACGCAUCACCUGCCCCCCUACCUGACCCACCCGCACUUCAUCCCCAACUCCCACUCCUUCUACCCGCCUGUGAACCCCGGAGACAUCCCCCCACAGUACUACCAGCACCACCUGCCCCCCAUGUACACCGACCAAGAAAUCAUCCCUGUUUAUGGGAUGUCCAACUACAUCAGCAGCAGAGAGGAGACAUACACUAAGCCACAGCCCAAAAAGAUCAACGAAAAGAGACUAGAGCGGCAAAACCGACUCAACUCUCCUCCCUCCACUCACUACAAGAACAGCCUGGGCCCGCAGCACAAUGGAUACAGCAGCAAGUCCCACGCUCCGUCGCUGGGGUCGGUGGGGUCAGGGGGCGGAGUCAGUCCUGGAGGGAAGAAGCCCGAGCGGCGACUCCGGAGCAGCCCUCGAAACAGUGAACCUGAGACGCACACACCAGAUAACGACCUGGACGGGAAACGAGUUCAAGACAUGCUGUCCACAAUCGAUAAACCACAGGUGUCAAAUGUUCAGGCGCGGGCAGCUCGGUUGUCUUGGGCGCCCCCUACAGGACUGGUGAACAGGCUCAGUAACGGUGCUCCUGUGUCCUGCUCCUACGAAGUCUCUCUGUCGGACAAAGGACGAGAUGGAAAAUACAGACUCAUAUACAGCGGGGAGGAGUUGGAGUACCUUCUUAAAGACUUGAGGCCAGCGACGGACUACCACGUACGGGUUUCUGCAAUGUACAACUCAUUCCGAGGCUCAUGUUCGGAGGCUGGGUCUUUCACCACACACUGCAGUGUCCCAGACGUCCCUCUACCCCCUAAACUGUCCCAUCGAACUAAGAGCUCGCUCACCCUGCAGUGGAAGGCCCCGGGCGACAACGGAUCCAAAAUCACAAACUACCUUCUGGAGUGGGAUGAGGGAAAGAAGAACAGUGUUUUCAGAGAAUUUUAUUUCGGGAGCCAGAGACACUGUAAACUGACGCGGCUCUUCCCGGCCUGCGGUUACACUUUCAGAGUGGCUGCACACAACGACAUCGGCACAAGUGGCUUCAGCACAGAGAUGGUGUACUACACUAUGGGCACAUUGCCGGCUCUGCCCUUGGCUCCCAGACUGGUUCGGGCCGGGGUGUCCUGGGUCACCCUGGAGUGGGGUCGACCGGAGGGCAGUUCCACUGAAGAACAGCUCAAAUACACACUCGAGAUCCAGGAAGACAACACCGGAACAGACUUUCAUCCAAAGUACACUGGAGAUAACUUGACCUGUACUGUACAAGGCCUGAAGAGAAGUACGCAGUAUAAAUUCAGGCUCAUAGCGUCAAAUACGGAGGGGAAGAGCAGCCCCAGUGAAGUCCUGGUGUGCACCACAAACCCAGACAAACCAGGGCCUCCUUCUACACCAUGCGUCACCGCGGCAACGCCUUAUGGAUUCACUGUCACAUGGGAUCCUCCACAGGACAACGGCGGCUCAGAAGCGCUCACGUAUCUGCUUGAGAUUUCAGAAGGAUGCUCUGAAGCGAGCCCGUGGGAGGUGGAGUACAGCGGACCAGCGACGGAGUGUGUGUGCAAGCAUCUAACCCCAGGAACGGUGUACCGCCUCCGGGUGUGCAGUAUCACCACUGGGGGCCACAGUCAGUGUGCUGUGAGUGUACCUGUCCGUACGUUAUGCGUCCCUCCCGGACCCUGUGCGCCGCCGAGGAUUGUGGGAAAAGCCAAACACAAGGAAGUGCAGUUAGAAUGGGACUCUCCAACAACAGAGGGAGUGUGCGAACAGUGCGUCUUCAGUUUGGAGAUGAGCGAAGGGGACAGUGAACCAGCAGAGGUGUACAAUGGCGCCGAGCUGCAAUGUACUGUGGGUAGUUUGCUACCAGGAGCCACGUACAACUUCCGGGUGCGGGCUACCAAUGAGGCUGGGUUUGGAGCGUACUCAGAGCCGACAGAGGUGACCACUGCAGCGGGUCCUCCAGGCCAGUGUGGGGUGCCGGUCAUCACUUUGAGCAGUAACACCUGUGUAACGCUUAACUGGGAGAGUCCGGAGGGAUCGGGGAGCGACAUUUCAGAGUAUCGUCUUGAAUGGGCGCGAGAGGACGAGCCCAUGGAGCUAAUCUACUGUGGAUCUGCCACACAGUGUGAGCUGUCGGACCUGACGCCAGCCACGGAGUACUGCUGCAGGCUACAGGCGGUGAACCAGGCUGGAGCAGGACCAUACAGUGACCAGGCCAGUAUCAGGACCCCAGCCACACACCCGGACCCCGUGACCACCCUGUCCCUCCUGGACCUGCCCACCUGCCCCGAGACCGGACACUUCCCCUCCACCUGCCUCUUCCUCAAGUGGGAGGAGCCGAACAGCAACGGGGCAGAAAUCACUUCCUACAUCGUGACCUUGGACGACCAGAGCAUCACCGUGGAGUCGGGGACAAGUCACAUGGUCACAGGCCUGCAGCCCGAUACGGAGUACAGCGUUCUGAUCCAGGCGGUGAAUACCAUCGGCUCCAGCCCCUGCAGCGCCCCCCUCGUGGUCCGGACACGCCCCCUGCCGCCGGCCCCUCCCCCUCUGGAGUGCUCGGCCGCAGGACCCCAAAGCCUAAAACUGAAAUGGGGUGAAAAUAACAGCAACACGCACACUCGCGCCCUGCUCUCCGACGACAUCGUCUACACGCUACAGAUGGAGGACAAGAACCACAGGUUUGUGACGAUCUACCGCGGCCCCAGUCACACGUACAAGGUGCAGAGGCUGACGGAGUCCAGCUCCUACAGCUUCAGAAUACAGGCCGUGAGCGACGCCGGCGAGGGACCCUUCUCCGAGACGCACACUUUCUGCACCACCAAGUCUGUGCCGCCCGCCCUCAAAGCUCCCAAAGUGCACCAAUUGGAGGGCAACACGUGUGAGGUCACAUGGGAGACUAUUCCACCAAUGAGAGGCGACCCCGUGAGCUACGUUCUGCAAGUGCUGGUCGGCCGCGAGUCCGAGUACAAACAGGUUUUCAAGGGAGAAGAAGCCUCGUUCCAGAUCUCCGGUCUCCAGGGCAACACGGACUACCGUUUCCGGGUGGGCGCUUGCCGUCGUUGUCAGGAUACGUCCCAGGAGCUGAGCGGGCCCCUAAGCCCCUCCUCCCUGUUCACCCUACGCCGCCAGGACACCCCUACGACGGGCGAGCUGUGUCCCGCCGAGACGGGCAAAGGGGCGGGGCUCAUCUCCAGCGACGAGCAUUUCGCGGCGCUGAUCGUGUUCGUGUUCGCGGGCUUCUCCAUCCUCAUCGCCUGCCUGCUACAAUACUUCUUCAUGAAGUGAGGGAAUUAUUUUUAAACUAUAGGAUAGAAAGAGAACGCAAAUCACAAACUUUUUUAUGAACGAACCGAAUGAAAUCAAAACACUUGAUGUACUUCUAAGGCUAUGUAUGUUUUGUUUUGUUUAUUUUUUUUUAGUCAAUGUACCGAUUCAGGCUUUCCUCGCCUCGUUACUGUCUCUGCUUCCCCUUGGUCAUAAUUUCUCACUACGUCGUCUUUUUUUCUUUUUGUGUUGUUGAUUUCUGUCGAGGGAAGCCAUUUUCUUAGCUGGACCUCGGUUGGGAAACUGCUAAUCAAGCCUUAAAACUAGCCGUGAGCGACGCAGAUGCUCCUCAGACUGACUUGCAUGUUUUUAUUUUUUAUCUUUUUACACAUAUUCUAUUAGAGACAUGUAUAUUUUUGUUUCGGUCUUCUUUGCCUUACAUUUUUUUUAUGUUUAAUUUGCUGCAGUCUUUAUCCAGUCAGCCAUAUUCCAUUGUAGGCCUUUUUUCAGAAAGCUUUAGCCGUUCGAUAUUCGUUUUUUUUUUUUUUGACACUUCUCAGUCAGUCAGUCCAUGCGAUCUGCUCACACACAAACUCUUUACAUUUCAAGCAAACGACAAUGACAAUGACAAUGACGAAACACAUACUUUUGAAGUCAAUCAUCAAAUCUCUAUGUAACACAAAUGUUCAGCUACCAAAGUGAUGCAAAUUCAUGUGUGGUGUAAGAUGCUGCUAUCCUGUGAUUUUUAUUAUAGCUAGAAAAUGGAAAACCAGUAAUCUAAUAUAUAGAUAUAUACACAAUAUAUUAAUAUAGCAAAUAUCUAUGAGCUAUAGAAGUGAUGUAUAUAAAGAGAUGGCAAUGUAAGGUCUAAAAGUACAGUGCGAAUGGGGGGAUGCAAGGUGCUCGCGUACAAAUCUAGGAUCAAGAGAAACAGUUUGAAUUAGACCCUUUAAAAGUGAAAAAAAUACGUUUUACAAUCUACGAGGCAGCUGGAGGCAUAAGUCAAGAGGAAUAUAAAGUUAUUUCGGUGGAAGAAUUGGGAUUAUCCAUUGAAUAUUUGAAAAUGUGACAAAAUGAAGCUGGUUUUGGCUGAAAAAAAAAACAUGUAAACAACAUCAGUUGAGUGUUUUCUGUUGUUUACUUCAUGUUUUAACUUCUAUUCUGUUCAGUAUCAAUCUCUCUGGACAACAUUUUGCAGAAAGGUUGACCCUGCGAUAAUUUUUCCCCUGUAUUUAACGUAUCUACCCCCAUAAAUUACACUUUUAAUGAAGCUUAAACGCAUUCAUGAGGCUUAAAAACAGCCCCUUUCGGACGUUUAUAAUAGAAAACCAAGCUGACAGACUCAUUUCUAUUGCAAAUUCAAAGUUAUCGCGUACGUUCAUGUCCGAAACACGACUUCAACGGGACAAAGCGACACUAGAAAACUUACAUAGUGCACGUUUACGAUGAUCAGAUGAAUAAAUACAACGCUACCGCACUUUUCCCUCCAGUCGCCUCCAUUUUGAACCAUUUUAAAGGGUCUACCGCUAAACGUAAAUGCGCUAAAUUGAGCAUCGGACGGAUCGCUCACAUUAUUGCCUCAUUUACACAGACUAUACUGUUACCAGCCAUUUUGCGUACUCGUGAGCUCGCACCCCAACCGGCUUUGUCAAUAUACAUCUAUGGACUCUUCCCAUUGCUUGUCUGUAACGCUAUUCCGCUUGCAAUUUUCUACAUCCUUUCUACUCUCGUAUCUUUUGAAUGGUGCUUUAUCGACAGACGAAUAGUCACAUCUCUCCUGCGUUCUUGAGCUAAACAAAAAACAAAAAAGAACAGGGCAUUCAACCGUCAAAAAAAACAACCUUGACCCCCAGCCAAGGUACAGUCCCGACAAAAUACUCCACUACUAUAAUCCAAAGAUCCCUAUAUUUACACGAGAAUCAGGUGGAAGGAAAACACGGGGAGGUGCGCCGCUAAACCCCCCCCCCUUUUCGUUUUGAUUGGCAGCCUGUCAGCCUUGUACCUCAGGGAAUAGACCAUUUAUAAGAGGGCGACCUGUUUCCCCCUUUAAUACCACGUAACACGUACUUUCUACACUUUUUUCAUCGUUUUUCUUUCCUCUCAUUCGCUCUAUCUUUACUGUGCCUUGCUCCAGUCCUGCAAAAUGGUUUACUUGCUCAUAAAAAAAAAAAAAAAACCUUUGCCAAAGUCAAUGGGAAAGUCAAGGUAGAGUUCUUAUCUUAUUUAUACUAUAUAUUGCAUACCGUACUUUACAUGCCAAUAACAGUGCAAUCUUCAUUUAUUUAUUGUUAAAGAUUAAGAGACAAGUGUAGUUAUGUACUAAUUUCGUAGCAUGUUUUUUUUUUUCUUUUAAUUUUGUAUGGAUGUAUGUUAGAUUUUGAUUAAGGCCAGCAUUCCUUAUCUCAGUAACCCUUUAAGUAUUUCUGUAGCUCACCAGUCCAUGCAUUGCAGUUACUAUCAAACUUUUUAAACAAACCAUGUAACCAAACGCAUAAUACGUAAUUUUGUGUUACCGCGGUUCGGCCCACGCACAGCCGAAGUCGUUUUUUAUUGCUUAGAGAGUUAAUACAUGUAGCAAGUUUUAGUCAAAUGUAUUGGGAUGACGCUGCUGCCUUUGGCUUUUUUGAAUUAGUAUUUUUCAUGAAGCUUCAAAUAUCUUUUUAACUGUUCUAAGUGCAGGCUUUGUGUCCACUAAAGGGUUAUUAUGUGACGUUAUCUGUAACAACACCGCAUUUACGAUUAUUAUAUUCUUUCAAAAGGACAAAAAAAACAUUAACUUGAUCUGUGAUUAUGCUUCUUUAUAUUAUCUUUUAUUAUUUGUAAAGCAAAAAAUGUGCCAUUUUUUUUUUAUAAAUAAAUGUGUAGCCCCUUUUUGUAGGAGAAUGCAAUGGUGACAAAGGCAAUCAGUGGAUGACAAUAUGACAGGAAGUAGUACAGAACUGACGACUCCUCCUUCAGGCUUUCGCUGGUAUAGCAGUAGUGAGUAUUUUCUAUCCAAUAUUUUGCUAUGAGAUGACACAGAUUUAUCUAUAGAGCUGUAGUAAUGACUAACAAGAAAUGAAGCACUUUUUUGGAACCGUUGAGGUGGAUUCAAGAUUUCCCGAACACUAUACUGCCAGCCCCUCUGUUACUCUCAUCGGCAUUAUAUGGUGUGGUUGGCAUCACUGUGAUAUUGGCAUUACUCGAGCGUGGGUCUGUGCUUCUACAAACGGCACCUCCUAUGGGUCAACACUAGAAGUACAGGUGCCUUUUUCGCCUUUCCCCCUUGUUUUUUUUUUGUUAUGUUGCUCCUGAUCCCAUGUUAAGCCUUAUUAAGACAGUAGUAAUGUCAACGAGUCCAAGCCUGGAGGUUGUGGGCAGGGUACUCCUAUGUUUCUUAUUUUCAAAUGCUGUUGAGUUUAAAACCCCGCCUACUUUUUUUUUUUUUUUUUUUUUUUUUUUUUACUAAGUCCCACCCACAGGUCCUGCACAUUUGGUGGGUAAAGAAUGGUUUUGUUUAGUUUUUUGCCCAGCAACCCCACAUCGGUGCCUUCUGAUACAUUUUCUUUUGUUAUUUUUGUACGUUUCACAGUAUAAGUCAAGAUUUUGACGGAGAGAUUAGCGAUUUGACAAACGUACAGAACUCACAGGUAUUUAACUAUUUUUUAAGCGAGACAAAAACGAUAUUUUUACCUCACAAGUAAAAAAAACAAACAUUCCAAUGUUGUCAUGGUCUACGAAUUGAAAAAACGAAAGUCAUGCAUUUCUUGUAUUGUAAAUGUUAUACAAUUUCAUAUACAUUAUAUAAAAGAAACUGCCAUAUCAAUUUUAAUGUAUAGAUUUUUGCAAAUACUACCCUAUGUAUGUAAGACAUAACUGUAUCGGUAGCGUAUAUAUAAUAUAUUUAUGCCCAAUAAAUGUUUUAAUUUUUUCUGA